UGAGGGCCAGGGAGACAGAUGGUCACGCCGCCUAUAUACACGAUCAAUACCUGUGUCGGCAAUAGCGAGCUAGCGGCGUAAGACACACAACCGAUCCCCGAGUGUCUGCUCCAAGCCGGCUCUUACUUCCCAACAGCUCCUGCUCUCCUGCAGCAUCCCACACGCCUCCCAGGACGCCCUUGCCUCCUCCAAAACACUCACUCGGGGCGCCUGUCGUGUCGGGAGAUCCGUGCUAUACCCUUCGGCAACCUAAGGUGUUUCGACGUCAUAUUGUGACGUAAAGCAUCCGGGGCCUGUGGGUUGUGUGGCCUCCAUCUUGCCAGUCCUUGUCAGCACCUGGUACAGAAGGCGCCUGGAGGAGAGUAGCGGUGCGGGAUGAUGGUAAGGUGACGGCCAUAAUGCAUAAGUAUGUUGCAGUCCUCCCCGCCCUCGCUGCUGUGGUCCUACUCAGUCCCCAGCUCACCUGCGCGGACAACAACAUAGGAUGUCUCUUCAGUGACACCCUUUGUAACCAGGACCGAGAAUGGUGUUUUGACGAUCAAGCAUUCGGUCACUGUCUUUCCGAUUAUGGCCACUACAGCAGUGAAGAUCUAUACAAGUAUGCGCUGGGAUCCGAGGAGCUGCGGGUGCUGGAGCAGGAGAUGCAGCGGCUCUUCCUGCUCGGUUACCGCUGGUCGCACACCUACACCCAGUGCGUCCUGCAGACACUCUUGCGCUCCUUCAGGGAUGGGGUUGAGUUUGACAUCAGCACCUGCAAUGGAGAUCUGGACCAGGACCUCGAGGGGGCACUGAAGGCCAUUGAAGGAGAGGAGCUGGUUGACCCACGUGACCUGGCCAUUGUUCGGUUCACUCCCUCCGUCACUGACCCUCACUCGGACUAUGCUGACGAGGUGUACUUCCCACCAAUCAGGGAGGAGAUGCUCUCCAGCCACCUGGACUCCUCUGGCGGCCUCCACCAGGAGUCCAACGGCAAGGAGCAUGAGGGGAUCAGUGACCAGGGCCUCUCGUCGCACCCCCAGGACAGCCCUCCUACCUCUCAGAACAGCCAGACCAACUCAAUCCACUCCAGUGUCUCCAAGCUGCUCCAGGUCCAGCCCUCAACCCUUGACGAUGGCCACGGCGCCCCACAGGAUGACAACAACCUGGCCCCCAACUACAUCCAUAGCUACCUGGACCACACCAACGAGGCCAACCUGCAGCGCCCCCAGCCGUACAGCAAGAGGGGCUACAUGGACACACGUGGCCAAGACCUGGACCUAAGCAACUACACUCCUCGCCUCAGCUCCAAGAACAUCUUCCUCACUUAUGACAGGGACCGCGACUCCUCCUCCUCUGGGAAUCGCUACCGAGAUGAUGACCGGCAGCCUUUUGACGAGCAGUUCAUGAGGGAUGAGGAGGAGGAGGAGAACCGGGACGAGGUGUUCGGGGAGGAACCCACCAGACCCAUGUACGCCGAGGGAGGCAUGCAGUUUGUACCGCAGGUGGAGAGCAAUCGAGGCGUGAUGGAGGACGACGACGAGGGGUCCUGGUCCAACAUGCCUGAGGUGUUCCCCGGCGGCUCCAUGGUCCAGCAGAACUAUGGAGGGUACCGCGGCAUGCCCGGUGACCUGCAGGGGUACCGGGGCCGCAUGCGCAACAUCCCGGACUACAACAGCAUGCGUAACCUGCCCAGUGACCCUCAGGAGUACAGCAGCAUCAGCAACUAUCCUGGCUACGGCAUGCGGGGCGCCCCUGACGACUACCGCUACCAGGACAUGGGUGGCCUGUCCGAUGACCUGCAGCCUUAUGGUGACCUGCAGGCACCACGUGGCAGCCUGCGCAUGGCGUCUGGCAGUCCCAUGGGGGGUAUGAGUGGCUACGGCAACAUGAGGAGCCCCUGGAACAUGGCUCUUCCCCCUCGUAAUGUGAUGGGAAUGCCAGAUAUCUGGGAGCAGCAGAGUCUGAGAGGCCCCAUGUCCCUCGACGGCAGUCCAUGGGGGUACAGGCGCUAUGGGGGAGUGCCAAGAGGGAGCUACGCCUACCAGCCUCCACGAAGGGAUGCCCCCAUGCAGCGGCUCCUGAUGGAGGGAUACCCCAACCAGGUGUCCCAGCAGGAAGCCGACCUCAUGCCCUACAAGUCAGUCUUUGGAUCCCAGCUGAACAGUCUGGAGGGCUACGACGAGGAGGACCAGGACUACGGUGACUACGGCAUGCUGGGAGACUACAGUGACUACGACCAGUAUGACGACAACCAGUUCGGCAGGCCACGCACCUUCCCCUACAUGCAGAAGUUUGUCAAGAAGGACGAGGAGACCAUCGGGAGUGACUACGGGGACCUGGCAGCCCUGGGACCAUGGAGCUUCCAGCGAGAGGAGCGGCAGGACGUGAAGAAACCCGGACCAUUCUUCAACAGCAAGAACAACUACGCCUUCAGGAACUACAACCAGAGAUUCCCCCAGGACACAUACCGCCAGCCGGAGAUAGCGCCCCUGAUGGUUCCUCGCAGAUACCAGUGGCAGAAGUUCUUCCCCACAUCCGGCCUGUGGUCUACUGGGGGGAUGUUCCGAGGUCUGCAGGCACCCCGGGCUUUCUACUCCAUGCAGCCAACCAUGCAGCAGGGACCUGGCAGCAAGGACGUACCAGACCUGCUGUUGGAGGAGGAGAAGCUGGUGGAGGAGGCUGCCGAGGAUGUAGAGGCGCAGUCCACCAUUCAGCCAGAGACCGCGGAAGAAGAACUGAAGGAAGUGAAGGAGGAAGAGGAAGUAAAGGAAGGAGGAGGAGGAGGAGAAGGAGAAGAAGGAGAAGAAGGAAGUGGAAAACCCGCUGAUAAUUCUGGAGAAGAGACACAGACGGACGAAGGAGGGAAGGAGGCCAAAGAGGAGAAGCAGGAAGAAGAAGGAGCGGUGAAGGAGGAGGGGAAGGAGGAGGAGGUGGAGGAGGAGGAGGAAAGGCCUUCACCUCCCUCCGCCCCCUGGCCCAGCGCGCCCCCCUCCCCCGGGAUAUUUCGUUUCCAUCACAACUAAAGAAAAGUUGUCGUAUGAAGAAGGAAAAUUGCUGGCGAAAGCUGUGAUGAAAACUGCAGGUCUAUCAGAGAAGGAUGUCCAGGCUCUCAGCGUGGAGGAUGAUCAGGUUGCCUUUAGAAUUCCUGAAAAUGAGUUGGGAUUGACU